GUUUGAUUGAGCGCCACACACAACAGCAGUGCUGCAGUAUCGACAAACGUUCACAAAACGUUUAGACGUAACAAUCAUAGUGACACUUCUCUCCUUUAUUUUAGUAUUUAGACCCUAUUCAAUCUUCAAUUUUAACCGUAUUUAGUUAUUUAAGUGUUAAGUGUAACUGAUGAUGUUGUAAUAAUGCUAAGUGCCGCAUUAGUAUACGCAAUCUGAAGCAAUUACGUAAUGGGAAUUAUGCUAGAGAAGUUUAAAGUUUUGCCCUGAAAUUCAACAUGGCCGCUGAUACAGGAAUGGAUACAUGUCCCAGUCCGGAAAUCUCGGAUUCGAGAAAACGACCACUCGACGUUGACUCAGAAAAUGGAGACGUCAAGAGAUCCCACUUCAGCUCGGUGCAAGACUUGGUGACGGCCUUGCCACUGGCAAACGGCCAUGGCAAUAUAACGUCUCAUUUCGCGGUGGAGCCGACGUACCACUUCAAGGUUCUGGUGCCCUCGAUGGUGGCCGGAGCCAUCAUCGGCAAGGGGGGCGAGACCAUCGCCCAGCUCCAGAAAGAGACCGGCGCGAGGGUCAAGAUGUCCAAGUCACAUGAUUUUUACCCAGGCACGACAGAACGCGCAUGUCUGAUCACCGGCUCUGUUGAAGGCAUCAUGGUGGUGCUGGACUUCAUCAUGGAGAAGAUCAAGGAGAAGCCGGAACUGGUGAAGCCUUUUCCUGAAGGCGUGGACACAAAGAUGCCCCAAGAUAGGGACAAGCAGGUGAAGAUACUGGUGCCAAAUUCCACAGCGGGCAUGAUAAUAGGUAAAGGGGGCAACUACAUCAAGCAGAUAAAGGAGCAGAGCGGCAGCUACGUCCAGAUCUCGCAGAAGGCCAAGGAGCUGUCGCUGCAGGAGAGAUGUAUCACCGUCGUCGGCGAGAAGGAAAACAACAAGAAAGCCUGCGUGAUGAUACUACAGAAGGUGGUGGACGACCCGCAGUCCGGCUCGUGUCCGAACGUGUCGUACGCGGACGUGGCCGGACCGGUCGCCAACUACAACCCGACCGGCUCCCCGUACGCCGUGCCCACCGCUGAGGUGACCGAGUCGCACGGGCUGGGCGGGUCGGUGGGAUCAGUGGGGUCGGUGGGGUCGGUGCUGGUGAACGGCGCGGGCGGCGGCGCGCUGGGCGCGCUGGCGCUGUCGCUGUCGCUGGCCGGGCCCGGCGCGCAGCAGCCCGCGCCCAUCUCACAGCACACGCUCGACCACAUCAAGGUGGCCCUCCGCCAGUCGGGGUACAGCGAGGCGGGCGUGUCGGAGAUCAGCGCGGCGCUGUCGCUGCUGGUGAAGCACGGCGUGCUGGGGCUGUCGCUGCCGGCGGCGCUGCCGGCCGCGCCGCUGUCGGCCGCCUACUUCCCGCUGCCGGCGCAGGACCCGCCCGUCUUCGGGCCCAUCGGGCAGGUCGGCCUGGGCCAGUACGCUGGCGUGACCGGCGUGAGCGGCGUCAACCGCGGCGGAUUAGAGCGUUUCGCGGAGGUUGCAUUCGACGCGCUUCGCCCCUCAGCUGUGGCGCCGAUUUCCCUGAGCGCCGGAGUUCCAGGCUUCCCCUCCGCGGGGCUUCUGCCCUUGAGCAAGAGUCCCACGCCUGCUGAUGGCCAAGCAAAGGAUUCCAAGAAUGUGGAGAUUGCGGAGGUCAUCGUUGGCGCUAUACUCGGCCCCGGCGGGCGCAGCCUGGUGGAGAUCCAGCAGAUGUCGGGCGCCAACAUCCAGAUCUCCAAGAAGGGCACGUUCGCGCCGGGCACGCGCAACCGCAUCGUCACCAUCUCGGGCUCCGCGCCCGCCAUCAGCAGCGCGCAGUACCUCAUCGAGCAGAAGAUCCAGGAGGAGGAGCUCAAGCGCACGCGGCACAACGCCAUCUCCGGCCUCAUGCAGUAAUCGCCGAGGCUGGGGUUCAUGCGGUACACACAUUUUUUUAAUUCGACAUUCGAUCGGGGAUAUAUGUUUUAUUGUUAAAAAAAAGAGUGGGAGCUAACUCGCCGGUUUGAAUGUCUGCAAGGGAAUAAAAUUCGACGGCAUUCUAGGACAUAUUUUCUGUUCAGUUUGUAAAUGCUACUACGUCUUUAAUGAUCGGUUAAUAUUUCUCUUGCUUCAUCUUACAAAUGAACUUUAAAAGAGAGAAUAUUCGUUUCACCGCAAGUUUAAAAAUGUGCUGUGCCAAUUUUUAUUUGCCAAAAUCAUGUGUAUAAUUAGCUCAAUAUAUAAAUGCAACAUGCUACGAUAUACGUCCAUUGAAUAGCACUUUAAGCUAUUCCAUUAAAGCAUAAUAACAAGUAAUGUAAUAAUAUGAAAAAAAAUGUGUGUUCCGCAUCGAUGUCUCUUGCGGGCGGCGGGCGCAGGACGUGUGACGCAGAUAUUGUUUUACGCCGAAAAAGGUUUAUGCCAGUUUACGCCCGGGCGCCAUACAAAUGUUAAAUGUUGUUUACGCCUGGGCAUAAACGUUUAUGCACGGGCAACACGUUCAUUCGUUUACGCCCAGCUUACGCCCGGGCGUAAACCCAUCUCUAGUCACCCGCCGUAGUUCUAGUCAAGCCGCCGCCCGCGCACUUAGAAGCGUUCGCGAAUUCGCAGCUUCGCGCGAAUCGCUCUAAUCCGAGCAGUCGCUCAUAGUUACCUAUUUACAGUUACAUAGAUUUAUGUAUAUUGAUUUUAUGCAUGUACCACAUAGUUGUUUAUUAUUAUAGCUAUAUUUUAUGUUCGACAAGUUAUUUCGCGCUGCCUAGCAGACGUCUAAGAUAUAACGAAGUGAUUGUGAUAUGUCCUAUCACGGAAAUUCCUAUUCCAUUGCACAUUUUAUUUUUGUAUAUUCACACAUCUGCAUACAUUUUAUUUUGUCAACGUUCAUUGUAAAUGUUACCAUUGAUAAGUUAUUGUUUUAGUUUAUUUUGGCGCGGUUCACGCACGUCAGCGGCUUGUCAAACAGGUUUUGACAGAUGACAGUUCAGUGAAAAUGUUUUUUUUUUAAGAUCCUGAUACGGUUCGCAACUUUAUGGAUCUUCUUUGAGCGUGUCAAAAAAGAAUAUGAAUGUAUAAUUUGUUGAAAGACGAGAAACGGCUCGGGGUCGUCGGCCGCUGGCGUGCGCCGGCCGCAGACGGGACGCAGUUCCGGUCAUUCCUGAUUUCUCGUUGAAGAUCUUUAUUUUUUUAUCCAUUUAUAAUGUUGUGUUGAUUUAGGGAUGUUUCGUAGCUAACGAUUCGACGUCGGUCUAAAUCCUUACGAUGUAAGUACAAUUUAAUAAAAUAUAACGCAUGUCCAGACUAGUAGAGAUAUAUUUUAAAUGUUUUAAAAAGCAGAUUCUAUAUAUUGAUUGAGAUGACAAUAUUAUAAAUCUUAUUUACAGUCGCUAACUUUGCUCGUUGAGACGUGUGUCCGCAGUCCCUCGGAUAGUUUAAGUUGUUCGGUUACCUCACAAGUGCCAUGUAGUUCCGCGACGGGCGCGACUCCGUAAUGGCAGAUACUUAUCAAAAGGAAAGAAGUACAAAAGAAAUCGUAAACAUAAUAAUAUAUUCGGAUCGGCUUAAUGUACGGUAGUUAGUAAGAAAAGGAAUUGAGAGACUUCUCAGCUAAAUCUUCAAGUUAAGCGUUAAACAAAAUAUUAAGGAGCUGGUUCGAGACGCCGUAACCUGGUACUUCCGCGAAGUGAAAUUUCUAGAAAUAAUUAGUUAAGUACCUCUGUCCAACGACACGUAGGUAGUAAGUUGCGGUACUGUUGCUGCGUUGCUGGCGCUGUGCCGCUCGCCGACACCUCGAAAUGUCGAAAAUAUAACUGCAAAGAUUAACCUGAUAUACAUGAUAAGGCUGAUUUACACUGAGCGAGCGAAUGCUUUUUGAUCUUCUCCCUGGACUGUACUAUAGAUGGCAUAGCCUGUGGCUGGACCUUGGUGGAGUGGGGAUAGAAUGAGCUCGCGUGGUGUAUAUUCCCCUUACAUGUAAAUAAUAAUAAAGAUUAAUGUUAAUUGAUGUAUCUAGCGUUAGGAACUCGAUGGCACUAUCGGGGCUGGCACAGCGCGAGCAUAUGUAUUACUAUAAUAUACGUGUGUUAUGUAGGUAACUUUACAGUAGUUAAUUCACAUAGGUAGUUCAUAUAUUCUAUCUUUAAUGCAUAGGAAUCGCUGUUCGAUCUUUCUGGUGUUUUUCGACUUCUCAUCUUAAUAUGUAUAUUUGGGGGUAGGUACAGAUAACGUCUUUGUCAAUUAAUACGAGGAUUUGUGAUCGCGACUGCGUCGAACAUGCUAGAACUCCAAAGAUGUCAGCAAAAGAUAUAAAUAAUACGGAGCAUUUCAUGUCGAAUCGCUCCAAUAAGAGAAUGUGCGCAGGCGCAGUCGUGACGUCUCACAUCCAGUGGGCAGUUGGCCAAUCAUUGGUACAUCCAAACGCCUGUGAACGUCGAUUUUACAAGCUCAAUUUUAUUGGAAAUACUUGAUUAGUCGAUACGUGUAAGUAAAUCGUCAAUUAUUCGGGAAUUUGAUUUCGGCUCCGACCAGCAUCCGGUCCCUGCGACCGCCGGGGUAGACUCGCUCUGUAGCUGUCUCUUUCUUUCUCUCAGUGUUGCGUCUUGCCUGUCGUUGUCGGGCUGUUCUUCGCGGUGUACGCUAUUAUUCACACCGCGUUGACGACAGAGGGCGCUGUGCGUUAUCACGAAUGACUACGAUGGUUCCAAUUUAUAUAAACAUUUUUAACUUUCCCCGUAUUUAUAUAAUGAAAUAUUAAGUCUUAAGAUUCCAUAAAUCGAAGUUAAGAAAUCUGGUUUUGGCUCCGUUCACGUCAAUUUAACGCUCUAAGCGCCAUCUGUCACUUGUUAUAUCCUAUUUCUCGUUAGCCCUCGAUUGUGACCGUUUAAACCAAGCGACAUCGCGAAGAACAUCCGAAUUAAAUAGUUAUCGGUGGAAUUCUAGUUAGUUAUAAUUAUCAUAUUUAAAAAAAAAAACAAUAUUAUGGGUAUGUAUAGAUAAUUUUUUAAUUAAUACUGGAAAUGUUAAAGUUGUUAUACUGAAGUUGUUACAAUAUUUGAGAGUAUAUCGUGAAUACAAAAUAAUAAUUUUAGUGCGGUAACAUUAUCUGAAUAAAGUUUAUUGUGUGGAAAGAUAAUAAAUAAUAGUGCAGCGUCACGACGUUUGCAGCGAGACGCCGAGACAAGGUUCUAUACUGUUUCUGUGAUACUGACACUAGCGCGCCCGCACUCGCACCGCACACUCCGUGUGAACACGAGCGACAUGUCACGCGUGCGUUACCUCAAAUCAAUGUUAUAGUAUUCCUUGUGUCGUUACCUAAUUCGUCACUGUUGUUGAUAGUUGCGAAAAUAGCUUACAAUUUCGAGAAGAUAACGUCUAAGCCGUUAUAAACGUUCCGUUAACUUUUGAUCCGUUUGACAUGUCGCGUAUUUGACAUUGACAGCCCCCGCAUAAACGUCAAUCUACCACGGGUGCCUGUUUCUGGUUGUGUCAAAAUUUUAGCAGUCGUUUCGUAGUACACUCGUGGGCAGUCCCUCGCCGUAGAUCCCCGCAUCGUUCACACCGCACGCGGCACCCCACACGCUAUUGACGAAUAUUUAAUCAUUAACACUGUUACGGUUAAGGAUUUCAAUGUUGUAGGCUAAGUUAGCUAGUUGGCAUUCUCCAUUCACUGGUUACGGUGAGAACAAGGUUGGUUGCGAGCGUAGAACACACGAUUUUAGUAUGGGGUUUUCACUUUUAGCCAUUUUGAGGUUUAAUCUUACCUACAAAUAUUACUUUUCAAGUUCACUAUCAUAUACGUAUAUCGAUACACGAGUAUAUUUAAAAAUCGAAUCUGACGAUUUAUUUUUUCGAUCGUGUACUCAUUGCUUAGCCUUGGGAUACGAAAAAGUGGCAACAAAAACAAAUAUGGCCGCCAUUUUAAAGUGUGUGUUCUGCGAUCGCGCGCCGGGACGGACUCGGCGACCGCGCAUCUCAUCCUCCUUUUAAUUUUAAUAGCUAAAUGUUGUUGAAUUUGUUGAUAGAGUGGUUUAUUGUAAUUACUAUAGGUAGUCUAGUGGGUAUACAAGAGUGUGGCAGCCGUUGGUGCGCUAGGCUAGAGUAAGGUUCGAUACUGUGUAUAGGAAAAUGGCUGUGCGUUCAAGUCGAACUCAACAUUAAGACAUCACCAUACGCUUGUAUUGGAUGGGCGCGAAUCGCACACGACCGCGCGCCGCCGCCCGCUGCGUACGACUGUCCAAAGUACAAGCCACGGCGCCAUUUUUAGUCGAAUCGCCAAGGAAUUUCCCUUGUUGAAGAUUGCACCAUGAAAAAAUUAAGUUGAUACACAUGUUAAUUUCUUCAGAGUUAUUGAAAUCGCGAAAAACUUAUUUUCGACUAACGAUGUUAAUUUCCACAUUCGAUGCAUAUUGCCAUAAUUUUAUUUGUUUAUUGGUGCAAUUUUCAAAAGUUAUUUCUCCUUGGUUUACGCAAGCGGCGGGUUUUGCCCGCGACGCCCCCUGGCGGGGCCGCGACGGCGCGAUAUUACUCACAAUCUGUAUAUAAUUGCAUAACAUUGUUUCAUUUACGUUCUUCUCCUUGCUCAUUGUCAUCAAUUUAUUAAAGACUGAGGAAUCAACUUGCGCAUAUUGACAUCGUCACGAAACGCGUCCCAAACGUAUGGGAAUAUUGUAAUAUAUAAUUUUUAUUGUCAUUAAAAUUUUCACUCGGUUCAUGUGGAAUCGUCCGCAAGGAUGUAGUCGUGUGCGGUUCCCGCGUGCGCUCGCUGGCCACUAGCGCUGGCCGCCAGCACUGGGCUCUAGCGAGCGCACAGUGCGAAGCAGUACCGGGCUCCCAGCGCCGAUCAGUCGUUGUCUCAUCAACCUUUACACAUGUUGAGAUUGAUAUGUUAUACUAAUUCUAUUGAAUUAUAACUUGUUGCGUAUUAUAAGUAUGUAUAGACAGCGGCUCGGCACGUUAUGUAUAGAAUACGUUGAAAACAUUUGUUGAUGUACAGUUCAUUGAUGGAGUUUUUUAUUUUUUAUUAUUUUGUUAACUUGGUUUACGAUAAACGGGUCUGCAAUGUUAUGUAUGAGAAAUAAUUAUUAAUUAAGUUUGAAUUGAAAUGUUGAAUAAUUUUUUUUUUAAUUUAAAAUUCUGUAUAUUUUAGUCAAUGUUUAUUAUUAUUUAGUUGACAUGAUUGAUUUUCUAAUGAAAUGUUAUUUUGCAAUGUUGUAAAAGUUAAGAGGUAAAAAGGAAGGUUAAUAAUGUCUUAGUGUUAAAAAGAUCGAAAACCAAUUAAAAGGUACCUUGAACAUUGUCUAUAUUAUAUUAACAUUAAAUAAAUGCAAAAGAAGAA